GUAUGUGUGUCUGCUUCCCCACACGAGUUUACUGCAAUUCCGAAUUCUCACAACCACCGCCAGAAUGGCAGCUGCACCCCCGAACCAAGACGACUCUAGCCGGGGUAGUAGCGGUAGCAGCACGCCCAGCGUCCUUGUCGGGGACGGGGACACGGAAGAGGCCGAGGAUUUCACCUCCCCUUCCCACUGCACAGAGCUGUCUCGGCGGCAGAACGAACAGAGGAAGCAGGGAUUGUUCUGCGACGUGACGCUGGCCUUCAGCAGUGGGGCGGCAACCGGGAAUGUUCAGAGCUGUGAGUUUUCCGCUCACCGUUCUGUACUGGCCGCGGCUACGGACUAUUUCACGCCGUUGCUGGGAGGGCAGUUCUCCGAGUCGCUAUCGGGUCGGGUUGAGUUGAAGGAAUGGAGCGCUGAAUUGGGACCAGACCCGGAGACGGUGGAGAGUGUCAUUCAGUACAUGUACAUCGGAGAAAUACGUGUGAGCACCUGCAAUGUGCAUGAAGUGUUAGAGCUUGCUGACAGGUUCCUGCUGCUACAUCUGAAGGAGUUCUGUGGGGAGUUCUUGAAGAAGAAGCUGAGCCUGGCCAACUGUGUGGCGGUGCACAGCCUGGCCCACAUGUACACCCUGGACCAGCUGGCUCUGCGUGCCGCAGACAUGAUCCGACGCAAUUUCCACAAGGUCAUCCAGGAUGAGGAGUUCUACACCCUGCCCUUCCACCUGGUGAGGGACUGGCUGUCUGACGCAGAGAUCACCGUGGACGCGGAAGAGGUGCUGUUUGAGGCUGUGGUGAAGUGGGUCCAGAGGAACACAGAACAGCGGGGGAGGUACUUUGAGGAGUUGUUCCGUCUCCUCCGGCUACCCCAGAUUAAGCCCACCUGUCUGACGCGCGUGGUGAAGAACGAGGCACUGGUGGCGGCCAAUCAGGCCUGUCUCCGCCUGGUGUCCGAUGCCGUGGAGGGCCACGCCAUCCGCUGUGAGAACCUCAAGUCAGCUGACCUGGAGUUCUGGUCGUCCUACAUGGCCUCCUUCCAGCCGCGCUUCGGCCAGAACAUGGACGUGAUCAUGGUGGUGGGCGGGGUGUCGGAGGGGGGUGACUACCUGAGUGAAUGUGUGGGUUACUUCAUCUACGAGGACCGCUGGGUUAACCUGCCCCACAUCCACAACCACCUGGAUGGCCACGCCAUCGCCACCACAGAGUCCCACAUCUACGUAGCGGGAUCCAUGGAACCGGGCUUCGCCAAGACCGUGGAGCGCUAUAACCCCAACCGCAACACCUGGGAACAGGUGAGCAACCUGACCACACGUAAACACUCAUUUGGUCUCACCUGUAUCAAAGACAUCCUGUAUAGCAUCGGUGGCCACGGCAACUUCAGCCCCGGCUUCAAGGACGUGAGUGUGUACGAGCCUGAGCCGGACAAGUGGCACAACCUGGAGUCGGCGCCCAAGAUCCUGCGGGACGUGAAGGCGGUGAGCGUGGAGGACCGCUACGUAUACGUGACGGCACGCACGCCGGUGGACACGGACAACGAGGACGGGCUGAAGACGGUCACCACGCGUUACGACACAGAGAGCCGCCAGUGGCAGGACGUGGACUCCCUGCCACUCAUAGACAACUACUGUGUGUUCCAGAUGGCCGUAGCCUCCACCAACUUCUACCACACAGCCUCCUGCUGCCCUAAGAGCUACACGGUGCGGGAUGAGGCCGCCAAGCAGAAGAUCAGCGCCCACAUAUCAGACGAGAUCCUGGAGAGCUUGCCGCCCGAGGUCACCAGCGUCGAGGGCGCCGCCAUCUGCCACUUCGACGAGGACGUCUUUGUGAUCGGCGGCUGGAAGAACAGCGACGACGUGGACAAGCAGUACCGCAAAGAGGCCUACCGCUACUCUGCCGAAAGGAAGCGCUGGAUGUUGCUGCCGCCCAUGCCCCAGCCACGCUGCCGCGCCACCGCCUGCCACGUACGCAUCCCCUACCGCUUCCUGUACGGCUGCCAGCGCUACCCCAUGCCCCAGAACCUGGCCCGCCAACGGGACCGUAUGCAGCAGAUGCAGCAGCUACACCGGCGCACCCUCACCCUGCGCAGGCAGCUGCAGUCUCAGAUCGAGUGCUGAGCUAUUGCAACCCCUGUCUGUCCAUCACAUCCACCCCAGAGGAGGAGCAGCCCAGUCCAGCUCCAAACCCCAAACAUCCCCUGGCAGCCAUCGUCAUCAACCCCCACCCAUAACCUGCUGGAGCAGUGGCCUCCUAUGUUGCUCUCAUGUUGGUUAUUUUCCAAGAGAACUCUGUGCCAGAUCAUCAGGUUGAGACUAUGGUGUUGGUUGAGACUAUGGUGUUGGUUGAGACUGUGGUGUUGGUUGAGACUGUGGUGUUCAAGGCUGGGAGAUGUGGGAGUGAUGUGACUCUGUGCUGGCCAGGUGUUUGUCUAUGUGGGGAGGACAGGCUGAAUGUUACAAAUGUGAAUAGAGUGUUGUACAGUGACCAACAUCGGACUACACUACGUAUGUACGUCAGGCACAGGUGAUGUUUGUCUUUUUAUACAUACAUAUAGUAUAUAGUUGUAUAUGUAUACUUUUAUUAUAUAUAAAUAUUUUCUGUCCCCCUUUUAUGCCUAUAUGAUGUAGACAAUGUGACCCUUCAGUACGGCAGAAUCUACAUUCCUCCAAUCCAGUGUGCUUAGUGAAGUCAGUCGCUCUCUAUGACAUUCCAUCAGGACACUGACAGUCUCUCCAUGCAAAUAUCACACACAUACAUACAUACAUACAUACAUACAUACACUCUGUCCAGCUGUAGGGUCGGGACAAUACCAGUAUUGCGAUACUCGUUAGUGUCGUGGCAAGUGAACGUAACACGAAGCAGAUCUAACUUCGUUAGGAAAACAAACAUUUCAUGUCAUCCAGAGUCACAUUUAUUUUUCCAAGCUAUAGCACACAAUAUGUUACAUACAGCAGGUUAUUAACUUGGUAACAUUCCAUUGAUCAUUUGAAAUUCCAUCAACCAUUCCGUUUAAUUAUUCUUCAGUCUUCUGCUCGUCACAUUCCUGUUGGUAGGAACAUUGUGUAGAAGGACCUAGGUGGGAGUUUAUGAAUGUUUCUCUUCUUAUUUUGUCUGCAUUGGUUUUAUUGAGUUUAAUUGCUGGAGGGUGUAGUUCCAAUGGGGGACUUGAUAAUGUGUGUGUCUGCGUACGGUAAAGAAUGCUUGGAAAAGCUGGUGAAAAGCAUGCCUAGUAGUGCACUUAUCUACCCCUUAAUCAGUUUGUAAUAUUUAAGUCCGAGUGGGUUUACCUGUCAUAUUUGUCUUCAGAUAUGGCCGAUUUGCAUUUUUUUCCUUUUAAUUUAUCAUUUAAUCCAACACCAGCCGAUAAUCUAUUCAGUUCCCAUGUGAGAAAAUAUGUACACUACAGUGAUUUGCAUAGUAAUCCAAAAUGAAUGUGAUGUGAAGUGUGAGUGAGCCCUGUUGCUGUACCUCAGGCUUAUUCAGGGGUUCAUCUGAGAGAUCCUGCCACCUUGUUGUAUGUUCUCCUCACCCUCCAAAGACAGUCAGAUGAGAUGUAUAGACCAGUGGUUCCCAACCAGGGGUACUAAGACCCCUGGGGGUACUUGGCCUAUCCACAGGGGGUACUUGAAAAGACUGAGUCCAUAGGGUUAGUGGUAAAAUGCACAUGGGGGGGGGGGGGUACUUCAGGGGUAUUCCGGGCAGAGCAAAAUUCAGUUGGUGGUACGGUAACCAAAAAAGGUUGUGAACCACUGGUAUAGACUAGAGGGUAUCCUUAUGUUACUGAGCAGAAUGACCAUAUCAAGGUGUAUGUGUUGCCAUUGAGUUCAAGAGUUCAUUGAUUGUUAUAAGCACUAUCCCUGAAGCUAAUUUAUAACGUAAAGCACUAUAAUUUUGAGAAUGCAAUGAAAGUGUAUUUCCUUAGUUUUGUUUGUUCCUCUUGCAUAGCAUUUGAAAUAAUAUUAUUGACAUAAGUAGGCAAUAUAUAUUUUGCUUUGCAUGUGGCAGUCUGGCAUUGUGUCAAUAUAUUGGAUGUAAAAAAAAAUAUAUGCUGAUGUCAUCACUUGCAAUUAAAAUGUCAAUUUUUUUUUA